CCACAUUCCACAAAAGCUAAAUGGUUGGGGCAGUUGCUUUAUGCCAACCCUUGUUUAUUCUUGGUACUAGUCUGCCUUUUCCAGAAAAAUUGAAGGUGAAGCUCAAGAAGGGCAGACAGCGCCACUAUGCGAAAGCGGUAUGGAACUCAGAUCAUAAGAAGCCUUUUACCGUGAACCUCAGUUCCACUAUUGAUGCACCUCUGUAUGAGUCCCCUGAGGUUUCAUUUGAUCAAUAUUUGGAGGAUGAUGAACAAAGGGUUAUUAAAGCACUUUUUCCAGACAUGGAGGACCAGCAAAUUAGCAAGGAAGAGUGGAGGAUUCAAAUCCCAACCAUGCAAGUCUUGUUCCUGUCUAUCUACUUUGCAAUGUACAUCAAGUUAAGAUUCAAAUCCAUGGGGAAAGACUACCCUCCUCAUGUUCCUCAGCACAUCGCCAAAAUCACUGAGCUUGAAAUUACAAGAUGGGAACUUGGGGGGAUCCCUGAGGAGUACCAGCCGCGUGACUUGAGCCUCUUCCUCAACGGAACCAUCUAUCCUGAUAGAAAGCAAGGAACAAAAAGCAGACUUAGAGGUCAGUUUGACAUAAACAUGAGCUUUAUUGUAUCACCUCUGCUUGGUUGGAUUCCUCAUACUGUCGCGCAGAGCCUUGUAGAAGCGGUUAGUGAUUCCAUUUCCCGAAAACUGCAUAUGUACUUGAUGAUUUGAUGUAGAAAGGCCAAGUAAUCAUUUCAAGCGGAUUGACAUCGACUUUCUAUUGUUUUUCUAUGGUCAGAUGGUUAAGAAAGCGAUGACGGCUUCGACCUCAAAUUCCAGAUUGGUAGAAGACUAUGAUGAAUUCAAGAUGGAGAAACUCAAGAAAGUUGUUUAGUUAAUUAAGCCUUUGACAGGGUGAAUAUGUCUUGUUACCAAUAUAUCUCUCGAAGUUUAGAAUAAGCAGUUAACAAUUUCCUAAUCAAUUAGGAAUGAACAUAGCCAAA